AUGUUAUCAUCAAUUCAAUUAUUCUCUAUUUUAUCAAUUACACUAGUUGUACUUGCUGUGCAUUUUGUAAAUGGUGUUCCCGUAAAUUUUGACUCAUCUGAUCAAAUAUAUACACCAUUCGAUGAUGAACCAAUAUUAUCAAAACGAAAAUUACCUCUUGAAGGUAUUUUAAUUGGUCGACGAGCUUUUCCAAAUGAUGAUAGUUCACUUAACAUACAUGAUUAUCUAACAGAAGGAAUUUUACUUGGAAAACGUAAUUAUCCAUUCGAAGGAAUUCUACUUGGAAAACGUAAUUAUCCAACCCAUGGAGUACUUUUAGACAAACCUAAUUUUCGUUUUUUCGCACCAAAACCAACACUUUAUAAUUGA